AUGAAAGUGGAGUCUGCUGAGUCUCUCUUCCAAAGUCACAUCCAAACAGUUGAAGAUUGUGGACCAAAUAAUGAAAUCUCGGCUUUUAUAUCGCCAGUCUGGCAAGAUAGCCAAGGUGAAGAACAGAAAACCAUUGAUCCACAUAAUCGGGAACAAGCUUCCCCUUCAAAGGCAGAACUUUAUCUGAGUCCCUCUGCACCUGAGGGGCUUGUGUACCUGGGCGAGCUUGCUUCGGUGAUUCGAUCAAAGAACGCAGGUCCGUUUGAGCUGACAUUCGAUGUCAUGUUUGAUUCCUCGGUCAAGUAUGACUUUGUCAAGGCGUCCGGUGUUCUGAGUGCAGCGCAAUUUGCUUCAAUCUACGGAAUCGAUAUGUCGAGCAUCAUGGCAGCUGUAUGGUGGGAUCCAGCCAUGGCUUUUAAAAUAACCGUGAAACGGCCAAUGGUUUCCGGUAGCUUUGGAGAGACGGAUACUCAUGGAAGCUGUCAGCAUUUUAAGCUACUACAACUACUAAUUCCAGCCAUGCAUGAGAACAAGGCUACGUAG